AAAAGCACGAGCGGUGGAUACAGCGGCAGCUUUCUGUCAUUCAGCAAGCGCACUUGUGUGUGCGUGUGUAUCAUGUCUAAGCGCAAAUCAAAGUUUGUGGCGAGCGGACGGCGUUUCAGAUCUUGUGUUCCUCCCUGCCCGCACUAUCUCUCGGGUGGGGAUACAUGCGAUUUGCACGUCAUCUGUUUGGGAGCGGAGCAUGCACAGUGAGCUCUCGAGAGGGCACUUUCUCCCGGACCUAAGAGAUCGCCGUGUGUUGGCGCGCAUCUUUUACAUCAACCACCAGGGAGGUCUGCGUUCGCGCCCCCUUUACAGGCUGGCGCACAAGAUCCUUGUGUGGUCCCAGGGGAAACUCCUGUCGCUGAGAGCAGUUUACAUCCUUGGAUCUCAAUAUGGGAGCAGACAUCCUGUUGAGGCAGGGGCCAAGGCCCGGGGAAUGGAGGCUUCACCCCGAGGUGGUGAAGCAGAAAUGGAGUGUUCGGCCAGGCUCAGGUGGAUCUGUUGAAUCAGGAGACAUCGCACUGUCCCCUCUGGUUCUCUCUGACUCAUCCAGCUCCUCUCGGACUGGAUGCCAUGGUUGGAACCAGGAUUCCAGUGGCAAUGAUGAUCAGCUGAUUAUGCUGCACCUCACACCCUGUGACCCAUUGGACAACACAAGCAACCGGGAGGAGGUGAGGACCACACAGGUGGAAGAGACAAGGAACAUGCUGGUGGAGCAGAUGAGCAUCACGGAGGGGCAGGUGGAGCAGGUGACCAUUAUGGAGGGGCAGGUGGAGCAGGUGACCAUUAUGGGGGGACAGGCGGAGCAGAUGAGCACUACAGUGGGGCAGGUGGAGCAGGCGACCAUUAUGGAGGGGCAGGCGGAGCAGAUCAGCACUAAAGUGAAUCCCAUGAAACCCAUGAAUCACACAUUCCCUGUUGUGGAGUGGCUGUUUCUUGUGACGCAGUACAUCACAGUCUCCACAGAACCACUCCUCAGGAAGACACUCUCUGCACCUAGGGAGAAAAUAAAAUAAAAAUUCUAAUAUAUUAUUUCAGGUGAAUAAUAUAAAGUACAGCACACUCAAUUUAAACUAUUCCAAAUUUAGUUAGACACUAGGUUUGAUUUUAUCGUAAAGGACUGCAUAGUGGCUCAGUGUUUAGCGCUCUCCUAGAUUUACUUUUCUCAUUAAUGUGGAUUCAUCUGGGUAUCCAAGUUUUCUCCCACCCCAAAACACAUGCAUCCUAGCCUAUAAAGCAUUCAUUCUCAGCAAGUCUACCCUGGGUAAUUAAAGUUUAACAUUAAUGAAAACCAACCUAAUAACAGCAGGCUCGUGGCAAAGCCGACACAAGGGACGACCAACAGCCUCUUUUGCAAUAAGGCAUUUUAGGUGGUAUGGUCUUGCUUCUUUCCAGGGCUCUGAGGCUUUCUGCUGCCGAAAAGACCAUGAUGAUGCAGAGCUUCUUUGAGGCUCAGCAGAAGGAUAUGACGCCAAGAUAUCAGUAAGCCUCUCCAUAUUUUUUUCUGUAAAGAAAAUAUGAAAUAAAGCUGUAAGACAAUUUAGAUGAGGACCAAUUAAAAGUCAACUGAUUAAUAUUUAAAAUAAACAUACCAUGAUUCAGUAUCAAUCUAGCCUAAAUCUUUACUAAAUUGUGUUCUUAAUCCAUCUACUGCACUGGCAGUUUUGUCUAAGGGGAUUUUCUUUCAUUACUUUAAUUACACAUGGAUUUUAGAUUUAAACUUAAAUUCAUCACUUCGAUUUACCAAAUUGCUGUUGAGGAUUUAGUUCUGCUGAGGGUACAGUAAGUGGAACCUCCACACUGGAUGACAGGGAGCACUCAACCGGGGUGUGUGUGACUGUAAAACAGUACGUAGAAGAAUAAAAACAUGUUAGGCUAUCACGGCAUGUUUUCUUUUUUUUACCCAAAACUGAACAAUUUAUGAAAUCAGACAUAUUUCUGUACUUGGUAAUGUCUUCUACUAUAGUGUCACUGAAAGGUUUAUGUACUUUUUUAAUGUCUUUUUAGAUAUUGUAAUAUUUUAAACUCUCAACAAUCAAUUACAGUGUUCUAAUUUGAUUUGGUCCAACAUUUACAUAGUAAAUUCAUACAAAUGUAAAAUAAUUCUGAUAUAACCUGUAGCUGAAGCUUGGCGUCACCCUCCUUGCCUCCCCCUCGGCUUGCCAUGUCCUAAAAACUCCCUUUUAGAGGUCUGUGGAGGGUCUCCUACAGAGCGUGCACGUUUCCUCUCCAUAGCUGCUGUCUGUGUGUUGGAGUGAAUAUUUCUUGUAAGACUGAUGUUGUUAAAGGUACUGGAUCCAAAAGUGGUGAUUAGUGAAAGGAAAACACAACAUAGUGUGUUAGUAAGGUGUUGAAUGGCUUAAAUGAGCCUUGCCAUAGAUUCUCCAAGUCUCUGUAACUCGGGGGGAUGGAGCUCCAUUUUUCCAAAAUAUAUUCCCUCAGUUACACAUACCAAAGAGCAUUAUAGGAUGUUAAUGCAUCAUGCAGUGUACCUGCAUGUAAUCUCCUGCACUCAUCCUUCUUCUACAUUCAUCACAUUUUUACUUUAAUUUGUCACCCAUCCGCAUGUUCAAGGAUAACAUGAUUGAGGUAUAUAAAAACUCUUACCCUGGCUUUAGCUAGAACAUGGUCUAGUUUCAGUUCAAAAGCCAUGCGUCUCCCCUCUUGGUAGUGGGGAUUCUGUGGGUCAAGUUUAUAUUUGGUGGCCAUUGCAAUGCAAACAGAUACAGACAGACAGAUGAACACACAGCCAGACAGACAGACACAAACAGACAGAUGUACUGUAUACACAGAGGUUGCGACAGUUAGACAGAGAGAGAUAGAUAGAUAGAUAGAUAGAUAGAUAGAGGUUGGCUCUUAAAAGUGCCUUUGGUUUCGGUAAAUCAGGUGUAUCUAGGUUCGGACAGGUGACUCGUUUGACAGGAUCUGCAGGGGAGAACAGAAAAUGUUAAUUAUGUAGUGUAGAGUAGUUCUGUUAAAAUAAGGUUUAAAAAGUGGACCCCUAUAGUGAGAGGUUUCCAUUUUCUUAUAAAUAGUUAAGGUAAAUUAAGAAAAAUUCAAGAUUUUCCAAUUUCCUGUAUGACAGUUAAAAGGCAUGUAACAUGCUUCUGGGGUUCCUCAUCCCAGAUUUAAAGGAAACUUUAUGUGCAGUAACUUUAGGCAAAGUUAUAUUGUUAUUACUGACACAUUACAGUGAAGUUGUGGGUGAACCACGAUGAUCGAGAGAAAAUGACAUCGUCUAGAGCUCACACAAUAAUGCAAUGCUCCAUGCUAAGUUACCCUUCAGCUGAUAUAACUUAAACUACACUUAGCUUUUACUAGUAAUCAUUACUAGUAUGAUUAUUGUUUUUUUUUUCAUUUAUUUGUUUAUUUCAUAUUUUAAAUUUUUGUAGGUCCCCCUGUAAUGGUUCUUUUGAUUUCUCCCAACUUCACUGACUAAUUAUAUCUACACCUGUUAAUUAUACGCACACUCCGAAGAAGGCUGAAGGCCAAAAUGCGUCAGUGUGCAGUGUUUUAGUUAUGUUUCUAUUAAUAGUGAUGAUGGCCAAGAAGUGAAUAAAGGCUUUUUAACUUUUUUGGACUGGAAGAAGUGCCUUGGAUUUCUUUCUAUUAAUAGAGUUAGCUUAUGAGUCAUUCCACGAAACCGGUACGAUUUGGACUUACACAUUUUUAGAUUUUUUUUUACCAAAAUGUAUUACUUUUCUGAACACCCCACAACAUUAAUGACAUAUUUAACUUCCAGAAAACCAUAUUUUCCCACCUCAGGCAUCAAAUCCCUAUUAUUAUUGGUUAUUAUUUUAAGAUAUGGGCACUAUUAGUCUUCAACCCCGUUAUGGACACUAUGGGAGCUCUGUGAGUAUGAUUAUAAAAUGUAUUUGUAAUGAAAUCAACAUUUUCCUAUUAAUCAGAUGUCCCUCACACUAAUUCAGUAUUUGCAAAUUUUAAAAAGUUACAUAAAAUCUCACACUUCUGCUACUAAAGCCUGAAAUGGAACUUUUUGUGACAGCAACCUCGUCAUUUUUGAUCAAAUAAGUGGCUUAACUUCAGAAUUUGAACUAAAAUCAGUAUUCUUAUGAUUGCUCUGAACAUUUCAGACCGAGUUCAACAAACAUGAAAUGACUUUUUCAUUAGCUUAAAAAAAUAAUUAAUAAAAAUGUAGCUGUGACGGGGUUGAGACUAGGGUAACGGGGUUGAAGAUGGUAACGGGGUUGAAGAGACAAAUACAGCUUAACAUAUAAAUAGUUGUUUUUUACUCAAAUUCACUGUAAGAUUUUCUAAGAUUUUCUAUAAACACUGUAUUUCAUUAUGUAACCAAGAAAGACAACAGAUAUAAAUUGCAAUUGAGCUGAGUUUUAUUAACCCGACUGCAGGAAAAACAACAAUAACAUAGUGCACAUUAGAACAUUAUAAACUGAAUGAAUAGGUCAUCAAAAUAAAACGUAUAACUUGUGUGGCCACUUCAUGGCAUUCAAUAUCUGGCCCACACCUCUUUCAAGAUCUCAACAUGGCGCUUUGUCACAGGCUUUGGUGGGAGAAUGAUUUCAAGUACAUCCUCAAACAGGUACCAGAGGAUAUCAUCCCCAGCCGGCCAGAAGAAUCGGUUUGGCCCAACACGAUGCAUACAUUUCACUUGCACAUGUGUUUCAUCUGUGCUAAGGAUGAUGCCUGGAUACAGCUCUUGCUCAUAUCUGAGCAUGCACCACUGACCAACCAGCUCUGGACUUCCCCACUGGAUUCCCUUCACUGGCUGGCUGUGGAUUCCCUUCACUGGCUGGCUGUGGCACAGCAGUCGGUACCUUCUGGCCAAAACUGAAACACUGUGUGUUGAAGCACUUGCAGUUAAACUGCUGCCGUGUUGCGCACAUGCAGCUGACAUCACGGUGUAUCAGUUCUCCUGGAGCCAGAGUAAUGACCUGGUGGAUUCUCAUUGUUCCCUGGACUGCUGAUAUUUGCUUUGGCAUUUUUUCCAUUGCACUCUCAAUAUCCUCACUCUUUACAAAGAACAGUUUCACUGUUGUGUUUGUCUCGAUCAAGGCCUUGAACAGCUCGUGUGCAUCUGGGAUAUCUCGUCCCUUUGCCACCAUCAUGUCAGCGGUUCUUUUUAAGGCUCCCCCGACGCCAUCCAGGGCUCCUUUGCCGUGACUGACCUCAAAAAAAUUCCAAGAGCCAGCCUUGAAUCCUCUUCUGUCUAAUUCUGUGCUAAAAAGGAAGAAGUUGCCUCGUUGUUUGUACUGCGUACAGGGGCCAUCGCUAAAAAAGUGCAGCACAGACACUUGUGGAUGUGUGGUCUGAAGGUAAUGCAGCACUGGAUUGAGGUGUUGCCGUACUGCUGGAGGGCCUUUAUGUCUGCAGGGGGAGAUGGUGCUGAAGCACACAGGCUCUGUUUUUCCACCAACAUACAACACCCCUGUAUGCAGAGUGGCCUGUUGGUGUGAAGCCCCAAAGUGGACUGCUUGGAUCUGGGAGCUGUAUUUGCAGCUGUAAUUUUCUGAAAAGUCAAUAUGUAUCAAGGCCUCUUCCCCUGACAUGUUCUUCUUCAGCUCGUGGCAGAAGGCAUACUGCUGCUUGAUGUUGAAGUGAUGCUGUUUGAACCACUGUAGGUAGGUGUGGAAUAGCUGAGUGAGGUUCUCCUGUGUGCCCUCCACAGAUUUCUUGAUGGUGACCUUGACAGUUGACCUCUCUUCUCCCUCUUUCUUUUUAUCCAUCUCCUUAUCUUCUGUUA